CAGUCAGCGGCUUCGAAGAAGGGCGGCCGCGGGCUACGGCGGCCGGCAGGGGGCGGCAGCGGCCGUUGCCCAGGGUGCGGAGGCGGGGUCGGGGGCCUGGAGGACUGUGAGCCCGGCGGGCCACAACUGGUGCGGGCUGAGGCCAUGGGCGACCGAGGCGGCACGGUCAGCUCCCGGCGCCGGAGGACCAGUUCGCGGCCCUCCGGCCAGGGUGGCGGCGGGCCGGUGGGAGCGGAAGAGGAGGUGCGGGACGGGGCUCCGGGCCCCGACGUGGGCGCUGGGGGUGACGCGCCGGCCCCGGCCGCCGCCUCAGACAAGGACGGAGACUCUAACGUGGGCAGCGGACACUGGGAGCUGAGGUGCCAUCGCCUGCAGGAUUCUUUGUUCAGCUCUGACAGUGGCUUCAGCAACUACAGAGGCAUCCUGAAUUGGUGUGUGGUAAUGCUGAUCCUGAGCAAUGCACGAUUAUUUUUAGAGAACCUCAUCAAACCUCCUUGCCCUACCCCCAGGUAUGGCAUCUUGGUGGACCCUAUCCAGGUGGUGUCUCUGUUCUUGAAGGACCCCUACAGCUGGCCUGCCCCAUGUCUGGUUAUUGUGGCCAAUGUCUUUGCUGUGGCUGCAUUCCAGGUUGAGAAGCGCCUGGCUGUGGGCACCCUGACGGAACAAGCAGGGUUGCUGCUGCAUGUUGCCAACCUGGCCACCAUCCUUUGCUUCCCAGCAGCAGUGGCCUUACUGGUUGAGUCCAUCACUCCAGUGGGCUCUGUGCUGGCUCUGGCAGCAUACACCAUCCUCUUCCUCAAGCUCUUCUCCUAUCGGGACGUCAACCUGUGGUGCCGCCAGCGUAGAGCCAGGGCUAAGACUGUCUCUGCAGGGAAGAAGGCCAGUGGGGCCUCUGCCCAGCGCACGGUGAGCUACCCGGACAACCUGACCUACCGCGAUCUCUACUAUUUUAUUUUUGCUCCUACCCUGUGUUAUGAACUCAACUUCCCUCGCUCCCCCCGAAUUCGAAAACGCUUUCUGUUGCGGAGGCUCCUUGAGAUGCUGUUCUUUACCCAGCUCCAGGUGGGGCUGAUCCAGCAGUGGAUGGUCCCCACCAUCCAGAAUUCCAUGAAGCCCUUCAAGGAUAUGGACUACUCUCGAAUCAUUGAGCGCCUCCUGAAGCUCGCUGUCCCAAAUCACCUCAUCUGGCUCAUCUUCUUCUACUGGCUCUUCCACUCCUGCCUGAAUGCUGUGGCAGAACUCAUGCAGUUUGGAGACCGGGAGUUCUACCGGGAUUGGUGGUGGGUGGCCUUGAGGGUGGACCUGGGGACUGGGGUGGGCUGCAACAUGCCUUGCUCACCCCAUUGUCUCUCAACCCUAGGAACUCCGAGUCUGUCACCUACUUCUGGCAGAACUGGAACAUCCCCGUGCACAAGUGGUGCAGCAGCCUCCUUCCCUUGCAGGCACUUCUACAAGCCCAUGCUACGCCGGGGUAGCAGUAGGUGGGUGGCCAGGACAGGGGUGUUCCUGGCCUCAGCCUUCUUCCAUGAGUACCUCGUAAGCAUCCCGCUGCGAAUGUUCCGCCUCUGGGCGUUUACAGCCAUGAUGGCUCAGAUCCCAUUGGCCUUGAUUGUGGGCCGCUUCUUCCAAGGCAACUAUGGAAACGCAGCUGUGUGGCUGACACUCAUCAUUGGGCAACCAGUGGCGGUGCUCAUGUAUGUCCAUGACUACUACGUGCUCAACUAUGAGGCUCCCACAGCAGGGGCCCGAACUGCCCAGGCUUGACGGCCCACAGCCAGGACAGCCAGCCCUCCUGCCUGUCCAAGCCCGGAGGGAACCUGGCUGCUGAGCCUUCCUCCUGCCCCAGGAGGCCUCUCUGCCCCUAUGGGGCUCCCUCCUGCUCCCCUUAGGGAUGGCAACAAUUAGAGUCUAGCCCAGCUGGCAGGAGCCAGUGCCUUCUUUGGGAGUCUGUGCCGACUUGGGGAGGAGGGUGCCAAUAAAGUGCUGUCUAGAGUGAC